UCAAAAAUACAAAAUGGUCAACAAACAACGCGAACGCGCGUUUUGUGAAGCCGCUGUUUAAACAACGUUACCCUAAUUCUUGGUAUUAAUUAUAAUGAUUAUGAUUUGAAAUCGGAGUAUAGUGUAUUAAAAACUACAAAAAUGAUAAGAGUCACACAUCAACUGGACUAUUUACGGUUAGCCGAGCUCGACAAUGGUUGGGUGGAAGCUAUCUACUUUUCAGAGUUCCUCGAGUUUGGAGAGUUUCCUGAACAAUAUGCACUCAUUCUGGAGAAUGUGGAAAUUCGGUCAGUUUUUCGUAAAAUUAUGUCAGCCGUGGACGAAUGGCUCAGGGACUCUAGAAGUGAAGAAGAGAAAUCAUGGGCCUUGUUAUCACGUGAAGUGAACCCUCGGAAGUUGCUAGCGGUUUUAGCAUAUUAUAUUGAUAAUGGGAGUAAGAAUAUUAUGUCUCACGAACACCGGAAUACUGCUCUGCUGGCUGCGCGUGUGUACUUCAAAAUGUUGUCUAUCCCAGGAUACAAAGCUUAUCACAUAUAUCAUUCCCAGCUGUUCGCACAGUCCUUAGGAUGCCUUGCUUAUCCGAAAAUAAUUUGUGAAAAUGAAGACAACUACUUCAAUUUGAAGCAAUUGACCCGGGAGGUGAAUUCGGUGAUUAAAGAAGUAGCACCAUUUGUGAAAGCUCUUAGAGCGGUCAUUGAAGCCCUGCAUUUGAACCCGAUUGACAUGAAUUUUGAAGAUAUUCUUAGUAACCUGGUGGAAUUUACUGGUGGUGCUAUUGUUAACAAACUUGAUAUAGACAAAAUAGAACUGGUCAACAUUUCAAAAGUAAUUUACGAGAUGAUAGAUAUACUCUUGUGUGACUCAAACGGGGAUCCUAAACCUGACGCCAUUCAGCUGUUGUUUAAAUGUCUGCUGCCAAAACUAGUAGCUGCCUCCGUUGAUAACAAAAGUGCCAAUAACUUAGUCAGAGCAUCAUAUGUGACUUACUCGGGUUUGAUACUGACCAAGUACGGCAACUCAGCACUCUCCGCAUUCAUCACUCUUCUGCAACAUCUCUGCUAUACCUGUUAUGGGUUGGAGCGCGCAGAAGUUCGGUCAGCCCGCGUGUCCCUAGUGAUUGGUUUGAUGAGUAUCCUGCCUCAGAAGUCGUACCGCUUCAUCGUCCGCUGGAUCCUCAAGUUGUCGAACACGACCAAAGUGUCGCAUCGGCAUAUUGCACUGGAAUUGAUAGGGCAGUUAUUAAACAACGAUCCAGAAGAAUCCGCCGCACCUCCGCCUCCGACAGAACCCCCAGCAGCUGUAUCAUCGGAAAAUCAAGAAUCUGUCGACCCAUCAUCAAACCAACCAGAAAACGCUGACACUACAGCCGCUCCAUCUAAUAAUCAAGAAGAAUCAGAGAACCAAAACAUAACAGCAAUGAAAAUUCAGAAUACCUCCACACCUUUGCCGAACUGUUAUGUUGUUUUACCAAAAUCUCCUGCCAUUGAAAAUGAAGCAAAAGGAACAGUUCACGAUGAUGACACUCCAGGACCAUCUGGUACUCAAAAUAUAGCACCGUCUGAUGACCCAAUGCCAGGCGAUCCCACUCCCGGACCAUAUGACACUCUAAAUACAGCACCAAUAAGUCCAGUACCGGGUCCAUCGGGUCUUCAAAUCAAUGAGUCUCAAAGUAAGGACUCAAUGAUUGGACCGGAGGUUUUUGACUCCGGGAUACAAGAUCCUACGACAGGUCUUGACACUGAGUGUGAUGAUUACAUUAUGUCUUUACUUAACAACGAGCAACUGCCAGAUCUGCCCGGGCCUAUAGAGCUUGGUGAUAUAGAUCUCCAAUUUUCUAUGUUACACGAGCUUAACAAUCAAAUUAAUGAAGCUAAUCAGGUUGAACCGGCUACGCCUGUCAAAGAUGUGACUGUCGAACUGGCUACGUCUGUCAAAGAGGUGACAGUUGAACCGGCCACGCCUGUCAAAGAGGAUCCGCCGAUUGAAGCUACGCCUCAAAAGAAGAAGAGCAAGAGUAAAAAAGGUCGAGCGAGUGCGGCGGAAGCUCCGCCCCCAGAACCCGUGCCGAUGGAUGAUGAAAGCAGCCAAGAACACAAUCCGGACAUAAUAGCCGAGGACGACAUAGCAGGCCUGCUCCGCCAGCGCCCGCACACCGUACCCCACGCUGAGCUAUUGCGAGCUGUGUAUGACCGCGUAAACGACGUCUCAAGUACGCUACGAACGCGCGCGCUUGCAUUGCUCAGUGACUGUCUUUCGAGCGCGCGCCCGCCGCUACGACAAGCGGUUUCAGAGCUGAACGGAUCCGGAGCGGUGUCCCGCCUCAUGGUGGUGGCGGCGCGCUGCGUGAGCGACGAGCGCGCCGCCGUGCGCAAGGCGGCCGCCGCGCUAGUACACAGAGAACUCAUCAACGGACCCCCGCCACAGCCUAACGACCUUGGGAUCCUAGUAAGCUUGUGCCGCGACGCGAGUAUAAUAGUCCGUUCGGCGGCCAUCGCUUCGCUCGGCGAGAUAGUAGUGAAACGACCGAGCGACGACGUGUUUGACGCGUUCCUCGCCGGGCCCAUGCAUCAGAUAAGCGACCCCGAAACUAAGGUCCAAGAACUUGUAGUAAACCUAAUGCAGCAAGUAGCCUUCGACCGCCUACAAAAGCAGACAUCUUUAGCGGCCGAGAAUCCGCUUCCGUGGCAGUUCCUAGCCGCCAUCACCAGACACAACAUGCGGCGGCAUCUGCAAAAGGCGUGCGUGCUGCUCGCCAAGACUUCCAAGUGCAUUAACCAUCGCGUCGUGGACGCAGUUAGCACUUAUCUAGGCGUCCAAGGAGAUGAACGUGACCUACAAUGCCUAGUGCUUCUAACGAGCAUCGCGCGACUGGUCGACUACUCUGAUGUCACCUUCAUACUGGACUAUUACUAUAAUCUUAUUGACAACACGCAGGGUCGCGACCAACGCCUGAAACCUCUGACACUGGAGCUACUAACGCUGUGGUCGCGCUACCUGCCCGCGGCCGCGCGCUCGGCGCUGCGGGAACACCUCGCCGCGCGCCUCGCCACCGCCGCGGGAGAGGACGGUUGCCGGAUACUGAGUGCAACGCUUGCUGCACAUUUGGACCCUACCGACUUGCAGUGGGCUAAUGAAUUGCUACAACUGUCGGAGAAGCGAGCUCUGAGCGGCGGCGGCGUGUCGGAGUGGGUCCGCGCGGCCGACCUGUCGCUAGUGGCGCCCGCCCCGCCCUCCCCUGCGCUGCUAAACCUGUUCCUCACCGCGCUGCAGGACCCGCCUCCAGAGUGGACGGCGGCAUGCCACGGCGCGGCAGUGGCGGGCGCGGGGCGGCUGUGCGUGCGCUCGCGCGCCGCCGCCGCCGCCGCCGCGCCGGCGCUGGCCGCCAUCUUGCAUUCCUCGAGACACGCGCUGCAGGCACGUGUCAACGCGCUGUUAGCUCUCGCCGACGUUUGCGUCAGAUACACCAACAUAGUGGAGCCGCUGCUAGGCAACGUGUCGAUGUGCCUCAACGUCUCGGCCCCGGCGGCGCUGCGGCGCUCCGCGGCGCGCUCGCUCACGCGCCUCCUCCUGGCGGGCUUCCUGCGGCUGCGGCCGCCGCUCUACUACCGGUACUGCGCAUUGCUGGCUGACUCCGACGCCGACGUCCGCGAGCCGGCCGAGUACUACCUGACGAUCUGCCUCACGUCCGACGCCAUCUACCACCACUUCGUCGACUGCAUCAAGCACUACAACAGCAACCGAUCAGAGAGUAUAUCUUUCGACGCGCGCCAGUUGAUCUACGACGUAAUGCUGCAGCGAUUCUCCAUCGUCCAGAAGCUGAACGUGCAAUGUCGACUAGCGCGAGAGGUUCUCGAGAACGCGGCUGAAUGGAUCGAGGAGCACGGCGAGGAAGACAAGCCUGGAGGGCCGACGUUCGAGCCGGACAUGGCCGCCACGUUGCUCGACACCAUCACGCUGCUCUGUGGGGCUCGCAUGAAACUACCCAAAAAACCUGAUAAGACUGGUGACUUAGCGGACAUAGACGACCUUCAGGAGAGAGUCACCACCAACAUUGUGUCGCAUAAAAUGAAACGCACCGUAGCCGAGGUGCUGGUGCCUGCCGUACUCCGUCUCCACGCCAGGGUCAAGUGCGGACAGAUCUCCACCUACCUGGUGCGCAUCGCCAACGAGCUGCUCGUCGAGUACCGGCAGGAGAUCGAGGAGCUGAUCGAGAACGACGAAACUCUAGUCGAGCGCAUGAAGACAUUCCAGGACCUGAUCGGGCUGGACAAGAUGCCGGUGUUCGGGAACAUCCGCAACCUGGUCACCACGUCGGCGCCGCCCGAGCCCGACACGCCGCGCGCGCCGCGCCGCCGCCCCGCCAGCGCCAGGCAGGGCAGCGGCCCGCCGAGGAAACGCGCGCUCAGGAUAUGACCCCGUGUGUAAAGCAUUAGUGGGGACAAGAUGAUAGUUUUAGACCGCGAGCCAGGAACAGAUUUCCAUGACCAAUCGCCUCCCGGGCGAAAACUCGUAUAGUGGUUAACAGCUAUGUAUGAUGAACCCUUGUGAACGUCAGCUGCCGCUCCGUUGGUGGGUUGAGGAAUGGCAGCAAAUAGUCUAUAAAAAUUUUUUUGUCAUCGCCUCCUGCUUGAUACUUUGUCAGAUGAUAGUUUAGAUGCUAUUAUGAAUAAACAAAAUCGUCAGCCGAUUGUAUCGCUGUGGAAAGACCGUCAGCUGGUCACAUGAACAUGUAAAAAAGAAAAUUCUUUUCAGUCAUUGGCGUCAUCGCCUCCCGUUUGAUACUUUGUCAGAUGGUAGUUUAGAUGCUAUUGUUAAUAAAACAAAUAGUCAGCCGGUUGUAUCGCGGUGGAAAGACCGUGUUACGCCUUUCGGUGGCUGCCAUUCCUCAACCCACCAACGGACCGGCAGCUGACUAUCACGAGGGUUCAUCAUACAUAGCUGUUAACCACUAUACGAGUUUUCGCCCGGGAGGCGAUGACUGACGAAAUUUGCGCCUGGCUCGCGGUCCAUUUAGGCUUACGUUGUCGCGCGUGAUUCCAUCAGGUCAAGCAAAGUUGCGCAACUUCAUGUGUAGUAGUAGCGUGGACAUGCCGCAGUCGGCAACAUAGCCAACCUGGUACUAAGUUGACACCGUCCAAGCUCGACGCGCCGCGUCGCCCGAGUGCGCGUCCAGAGUGAGGGCCAACGGCGAUCAUUGAAAAUCGAAAUUUCGUUAUUUGCAUCCAGAUAAUUAAAUUUAGAUUUUCUAUGUUGGCCACAAAACUGUAGAUCAAGCACAUGAUUGGCGCGACUGUAUCUCACCGCGAGAUAAACUACCCGUCUUUUACUAACUGUAUGAAUUAAAGGGGGACGGGUAGUCAAUACUCUCGCACUAAUCAUGUGCUAGCCCGGCUGACAGCUCACGUUGUGAGUCGUCGCUGCCCGAGCCCGACACACCUCAGUCGAGGGACUGGAGGGCCUAGCUAUCGUUAUGAUAACCUGCGAAUGUGAAGUCUAUCCUACACCGUGCCGGCGUGUACUUGCGGGACUAUUUGAAAGAGAAUCGACAGAUAACGUUCCUCUUCUUUAGGAUAGUGUCAAAUCUUUGAAUGACUUGAAAAAAAUACAUUGGUACGCGGGAGUAGGAUUCUUACAAGCAAAGCUUGCUAUUUUUAUGGAUAAUAAAUAAUUUACGUAGGAUCUUGGAGCUUGAAAUAAAGUAUUUUUGGAAAAUAUUGUUAAAAACGUUUGUAAGAUUUAUACAAAGAUUAUAACGUGUGCAACUGUGCAUAUAGCGUAAGUUUAAUUAUUAAUAAAAAAUACUUCUAAAU